AUUAGACAUGUGUUUUCUGAGCUUUGAGUUAUUCAGUUCAUCUCUUUGUUUUUUUUGUUGUUGUUGAAGCGAUGAACAAUCGAAGACGAGGGGUGAGGAGUCCUGAAGAGCUUCUUUUCAGCCUUUAGAAUUUGGCCACAGCGACCCACAGAGAACCGAGAAGGCGCUGAAGUAUUUAAUCGAGAUGUUCCCAGGAAGCUGACACACACCAGAGAUCCUCUCAGGUAGAUUUCAGACUCUCUGUUGUCUUUCUGCCCUUAACCUCUUUUCAUUAUCAGAUCUUAUUCGGGGUAAAACAUGGAGGAUAUUGGACUCCUUUUAGACUUUGAUCCGGACGGCUCCACUGACUUUGCAUGUUGGGGACAGAUGGACCAAAACUUCCACUUUCAGACCCAGCUGGAUUCCUUCCUGAUGGACUGCCAGGCAGCCAGCGGUCAGCUCUCCCCCUGGUCUUCUUUUGGCUGUCACUCUGUGUUUUCAGACACACAGCUGACGUUCACCGACUUGGACGUACAGUCACCGGGACUUGGCGCUUGCGCUGAAGGCGACGGAUGCUCUGCCGAUGAACCUCUGGAGGCGGCCAAGCGCCGGACACGGAGCCUGGUGGUCCACCAGCCAUACAAGGUCCAACGGCACGCCGCCAACAUCCGGGAGAGGAAGAGGAUGCUGAGCAUCAACUCUGCCUUUGAGGAGCUGCGCUGCCAUGUCCCAACGUUUCCCUAUGAGAAGCGACUGUCCAAGAUAGACACUCUGAGGCUGGCCAUAGCCUACAUCGCCCUGCUGAGGGAGAUCCUCAUGUCGGGCUCUGACCCCAAAUCCUACGUUGAUGAGUGCAUGAAGAGCGGCUACAAGAAUCAAAGCAAUGCAAUCUGGAACACAAGUGAUCUGACAGCCCGUCUCUCCUGGAUAAAGUGGGAUUAGCUGGGAAACACGAUGGUAUCCUGAGUCUGUCGGCUGCAGCUAUGUGUCAAAGACGGACAGACCUGCUGGCGUGGUGCAGCCUGCUGACAGACAUCUGCAGACUUCUCACCAGGUCACACACCUCCGCCUUUAUCAGCCUUCCUCGCCACUUUGUUCCAAGUAGCUUUUAAUAUUCUAAUUCACUAUUAACUGGUAAUUGAGAGGCAUUGUUUCAGAAAUUGAGGUAAUAAGGAGUCCUGGCACAGCUCAGCUUUCCCAAACGGAUGCCAUUUGUCACGGAGAGGCAAAGCUGGCAUCAAACUCAAAGGACUCAAACUUCUGCACACGGAGCUGAAGGGUUUUCUGGACUCGUUUUCAUCACGCUGCAGUCGAUGUGUUGAAAACAGCCUUCAUCUUGUAAAUAAAAGAUCGAAAUGGACGGUCAGGUGCUGCUUCCAAACAGCAGAAACUGAAUUACUCAAAUAGCUGUUAAUUGUGUUUUAUUUAAGCUUUUCAUUUGUAUUUUGAAAUAAAGUGGAUUAUGAAAUUGCUUUCCAUGAAAAGAUGUAGACUACAUAUCAUCACCUUCUUAAAAUAAUGGCCUCAGUCAUUUUUUGCCAGAAGUGAUUUAAGCCAAAAAGAAAAAACACUUUUGGCAAAAAAUGACUUGUGCCAUUAUUUUAGGAAGGUGAUUCAAUAUUAAGAACAUUUUUAAUCAUGAAAUGUGACUAUUUUGUCUUGGAGAUGUGUUUUCCGCUUCCUUUUUAAGAUUUUAAGCUCUCUGAGUAGUUGGGCUAAAAUGCUAAACAUCUUUAAACAUCUUUCAAAACCAUCAAACUAUGUUUCCAAUUUGUGCUGAUUGGAAAAAAGUCAAGUGACAAUAAUGCUGCCUUACUAUUUUACAUUGCAUUUUCACUGUUUUUUUUUUAUUAUUUUCUUUGCUUGAGAUUUAAUAUAAGCGUAUUAUUUAAAAGAAAAUAGAUGUUAAAAGGAACUCUGAGGACAGGGGAAGAUAUCUUCAAAUCUCACUGGAGGGAAACUAAUGCGGGAUUAUCACUCUGAUUCGGGAAGGAUUAUAAAUAAUUAUUUUUCCUACACUUCACAGAUAUUAUCAGAGAUGUUUAGAAUCUGCCAGAUUUACUGACCCUAGCCCUAAUCCAGAACAGAUAACAGGAGACCAGAAAGACGAUCAGCUAUAAACACUGACCCUAAAUCUCAAACAUUCCUUUUAAAAAUAUUUCAUAAUCCCUUGAUCUGUUUCUUUUUAUAUUUUUUACUGCAUUUCCCAAAUUCUAAAGAACACCAAAAAAAACUUUUAUUGUUGCAGUGUCUCCUAUUCCUCACAGGGGGAUCUCAACCCGUCAGAAUACCAUUCGUCUGAGAUAUGAAUUAGUCAUCUGAGUGGAAAUUCUGGAGGCCAGAAGGAGUAGGAUCCUUCCAGUCUGGGGCUUACAUCAGGGUCUGUAUUUUAUUUAUUUAUUUCCUCUCGUUUUUUGCACCGAGGUGGUUUAUUGAUUUAACUUCCGACCGACCUGCUCUGACAAACGCCGAGAGGCUGUUCUCUCGGCUGGCAGGUGUGUUUAUCGUGUCAGAGGAGCUCUGCGGUCCUUGGCGUUGGACUUGUAAAUAUAAUCAGUGCAUUGCAUCCUGUGAGGGAGUGGGCUAAAUUUAAAUCUAAAACAGUUCUGUGUAAAGGUCACGCAGCAGCCAGAACAGAGAUUAAUUGAUUUUGAUCUUUUAGAAACUGCUUAGAUAAAACUGUGCAGCUACAGUUAGUGGUAUACCUAAAGAUGAUUUUAAAAAAGAUAUUUUAUUACAGUAGUAAUAGUGUGAGAUUGAGCAGCGAGCAAAUUUAGGAGAGUUACUAUUUCCAUGUAGUCAGUUUCUGACCUAGAUUACGAGAAUGAUAUUUAUUUGUCUUUCCUAUUUAAGUCUUCAGUCUCAGAUCAUAUCUAUAUUAGAGGUGUAGCAAUACCUAAAACACACAAGAUGAUUCAGGGUAUUGAGUUCACAAGAAUAUUAGUUUCAAGAAAACUUCACAUAUCAAAUGUAUGCUUCAAAAAUCCUCUUAUUCUGCAUUUUUAUUGGUUUGGGUCGGCCAUAAGUUGCGAUAGUGGUGCUUUCUGCCGCUGUCAGAAACAACUUCCUGUUCAUGUCUCGUUUCUCACUCUUGCUUUUUGUCGUUUUUACUGGGAACCCAAACUACUGCCAAACAGUUGAUUUAAGACUUGUUGGGGCAUCUUCUAUUACAAUGAAGUCAGGACGACUGCAACUAGCUAGAGAUGAGAUGGCAGUCAACUCAACGACAAAUAUUGUGAUGUUUCAAUAUCUUGUACGACAUGUUUCUACACCCCAGGGAAACAGGAAGCUAUGAACAACUAAUAUGUUUCCAAAAUACUUUUAUCAAGUGAAAACAUUAAAUAAACACAAUAAUGCCAAAAGUAUUUGCUCAUCCAUCCGAAUUGUUCAGUUCUAUAAACCCAUAAUAUUGGUGGACAGUAUUCAGCAUGCACACUGGUUCUACAAAUCUUUGUAAAAGAAUGGGUCUCUCCCAGUUUGGCAGACUUCCAGUGUUAUAAAACGAUGGAAGACAACUUGUGCAAUAUGUCCAGGCAUUAUGUCAAUGUCUACUUGCUCUUCCCCAGUCAAACGUCACUGGCAUCGUUACAAAGUGGAAAUGAUUGGGUGUGACAGAAACUCAGCACAUUACUAAGCAGGUUCAGCCAAUGAGGCGCUUUCACACUUUCAAACUUCAUGCAACCUUCAGAUUUACUCAACAAGUCCAAUCCUAUCCUGCAACUUUUGGAUAAACUAAAGCAAAUAUUUGACCUAAUUUAAAUAACUAGUUUGUAUCUCCAGUCUUUGGCGGAGCUGAAUGACAUGCUGACGAGGGAGUUCAGAGUAGAAAUGCAUCUAAACCUUGCAGGACAGCAGCUCUCAACUGGACUUGGACCCCCGUUAUGCAGCUUCAUGGAAUGGGUUCCCAUGCUGGGGCAGAAGACUCCAAGGUUUAUGUCAAAUGGGAGAGCAUUAUAGCAUUGGGCUGUUUUUUAGGGAUGAUACUGAAGUUUAUAUUGUGAAGGAAAAUUGGGAAACACUUUCAACAAAACAGUGUAUAAUGCGAAUGCUGCAGUUGCAUUUAUUGUUUUGGACUAGUUGGUGAAAUUUCUGAAAGAGGAUAAUUCCCUCAUCAGUAUAUCUCAGUGUUGAUUUUUUUUUUCAAACUAUUUCAGUGAUGAGAUUAUUUUACCGCAUCAUUUAUGUAUUUUUAUUUUUAUGACCAGAGGUGCCAUUAAAUUUGGAAGGGUGCUAGAUUGGCUUAUAUUUUUAUAUUACAGGAAAUCUAUUACAUGCGGUUUCUCUGUCUCUUUUCUGUUCCUCUCAGUAACUCCCCCCCCACCCCCACCCCAAAAAAAUAACACAAAUUUCAAUGAUGUUUAUAUAUAGUAAAGGGAAAGAGACUGUUUUAUGGUCAAAUUUUAUAGGUUAAGUCCACAGAGUUUUCACAGCAGAAUGACAUCAUUAAUAUAAGAAAGAGGGCUGGGCGGCCUGGGUGUGCAACUUUUUAAAAACAAUAUUACCAGAUGCGUAAUCCCCUAAAAAUACACGGUGUACACAGCUUCCCAGCUUUUCAUGAGCAGCAUUAACUCAAUCUGUCCUUCAGGGCUUCACUGAAGCAUUUUCCUAAAAAAAAAAAAAAUAAACAUUUGACAUGGGAUCUUUAAGCUCAUUAAUCUGUUGCAGGGUAAUUUAUCUCCAAAUGUCAUCAGAAAAUUUAAUAAGUGAGAAGAGAAAAUUGUAAUUUUUCACAUAGUUGCAUGAUAAUUCUGCACAUAAUUGCCCAACAAUUGUGACUGACCACAGAAAAAGCAGGACCAGGUCUACUCUAAGCCAUCGAAUGAUGUCAAAUAGGUGGAAAUCAAAA